AUGGCAGGAAAAGGAAAUGCUAUAGAAGAAAACACCACGUUAAUGAACGGUAACAAUAAGAGAGAUUCAGAGCCUGAAGAAACUUUGGCUCAAUUCCUUUACAACAAAAACAAAGGAACUGUUCUCGGCAGAACUGCUAAGUCUUGGUGCCAAAUUACCGUUUUUUACAUCAUCUUCUACGCAUGCUUGGCUGCUUUCUGGAUUGCUUGUCUCGCUAUUUUCCUGAAUACUUUGGAUCCCCAGGAACCUAGAUACUACGGAAAAGGAACUAUUAUUGGAAUUAACCCAGGAGUCGGAUAUCAACCUUGGCUCAAAGAGAAUCCAGAUUCCACACUCAUCAAGUUCAACACCAGAGACGAAAAUACUUACAAGCCUUAUAUUGACCAACUCUCUGGUUAUUUGAAGCGCUACGAAAACAUUACUGGAACCCGUCAAUGCCAAGGAAACGCAAGCAACUCAGAGCUUGGAGAGAUUGAUGUUGAGCCAUGCCGUUUCACCCUUGAUGAGUUCAACGCCGCUGGAUGUGGAGCCAAAAACAACUAUGGUUACAAGGAAGGAUCUCCAUGUGUCGUUCUUUCUCUUAACCGUUUAAUCGGAUGGGAGCCAUUGAACUAUCCAGCUGGAUCUGUUCCCGAGACUAUCAAGGAUCGUUACAAAAAUGGCUCAAUCGCUAUUUAUUGUGAUGGAACUACCGAAGCCGAUAAGGAAAACAUUGGAAAGCCAAAAUACAUUCCACCACAGGGCAUUGAUGGAAAGUAUUAUCCAUACAAGUUUGUACCAAACUACCAACAACCUAUUGCUAUGGUUAAAUUCGACAAGAUCCCAAAGAAUAAGCUCGUUUUCGUUGAAUGCCGUGCAUUUGCUCUGAAUAUCGAGCAUGAUAUCAGCACUCGAUUGGGUAUGGUUCAUUUCGAGGUAUUUGUGGAAGACAAGCCAAUUGCUGCAAGUUCCAGCCGAUAA